AAAUAGCUGGGGGAGAAGCCUGAGGAAGAGGGCGGCGGUGGUUGUGGUAACUGAGCGGAUCCCGGUGACAGGAUGUUGGUGUUGGUAUUAGGAGAUCUGCACAUCCCACACCGGUGCAACAGUUUGCCAGCUAAAUUCAAAAAACUUCUGGUGCCAGGAAAGAUUCAGCACAUUCUAUGUACAGGAAACCUUUGCACCAAAGAGAGUUAUGACUACCUUAAGACUCUGGCUGGUGAUGUCCAUAUUGUGAGAGGAGACUUUGAUGAGAAUCUGAAUUAUCCAGAACAAAAAGUUGUGACUGUUGGACAGUUCAAAAUUGGUUUGAUCCAUGGACAUCAAGUUAUUCCAUGGGGAGACAUGGCCAGCUUAGCCCUGUUGCAGAGGCAGUUUGAUGUGGACAUUCUUAUCUCGGGACACACACACAAAUUUGAAGCAUUUGAGCAUGAAAAUAAAUUCUACAUUAACCCAGGUUCUGCCACUGGAGCAUAUAAUGCCUUGGAAACAAAUAUUAUCCCAUCAUUUGUGUUGAUGGAUAUCCAAGCUUCCACAGUGGUCACUUACGUAUAUCAGCUCAUUGGAGAUGACGUGAAAGUAGAACGAAUUGAAUAUAAAAAGUCUUAAAGCCAGGCCUGUCUUGAUGACUUUUCUGGUUUUGUUGUUGUUGUUCAUUCCUCUUCAGAUCAAGUAAUUAAACAUUUAACAG